AUGACGAGCGAUUACAAGUUUAUGAUUCAGUUAUAUCCAGAAAUGAUAUUGGUUUCCAAGCAACCAGUAACAUGGAAAGGAUUUUUGGAAGUUCCAUGCAACUCGGGGCGAAGUAUGCGAAUCAGACUAAAAUUGAUUGUGCACAAUUAUCCAUCAAUGUCCGGUGCAGAAAUUUAUUUUGGCAAAGAAAUUACAUUUAUACGCAGAAAAGAAUUUAGUGACAAAGUAAAGGAUUUAAUGUGUAGUGUAACCAAAGUAUCAACAUUCUUAAAACAAUUACAAUUGCUAAUUGUGAGUGUAACAGGUCUUUGUAAUUUUGUAUUUUAUAGCAAUUUCAUCAAUUCUAGUCAUAUCAUUAAAAAUUAUGAGUACGAUGUGAUAACUGACCAAGCAAUGAAAACGUUAACGGAAUUACAAAAUGUACUUAAGAUACCAUCUGGAAUUAAGAUAUCAUCUGAUAUUAGCCUGAAUACAAUUGAACUAUCCUUGAACAGUGUGACUGUAAGACUGCAAAGAACGAGUCAUAGAACAUGUCCAUGGACAGUUGUUUAUUCAGAUUUGCCUGAAAUAUCUACUCUUGGCCCUUUUGAAAGGAAUAUAACAACAUUAGAUAUAGCAAGAAAUAAACUUAAGUUACAAGUAGAAAUGUUUGAGAAAGCAUGGUCAAAUCUAAAACAGAUUGAUGAGAAUUGUUGGGUAAUAGAUCCAUUGCAACCAAAACCAUAUCAUCUUUAUCGACGAAUUUACUUAACACCAUCUUUAUCAAUGUUUAUUAAAAUAGAUCCUUUGAAUCACAUGGAUUUACCAGAAAUUAAAUUUAUGGGUAGUGAUACUGAAGUUGAAUCAAAGACAGACCUAGUUUCUAAAAAUUUACAUGUAUGUAAUAUUUGGAGUAUAUUGCUAUAUAAAAUAAUAGAGUUGAAAUAUAUUGAAGUAUUUAAAAGAAAUACUACAAUACUUUUUCAGAAAUGGGAUCCAAGCUGUGAUAUUAUAAAUAAUUUAAUGACAUUAUUAGAUAUAGAUGCAUUUCUUAAAAAAGAAAUAAAAAAAGAAGCUAUAGAUUACAAUGUUAUUGUUGCUGAUGAAGAAUGCUGUAUUUGUUUUUCUAUAAAAUUAGACAAUGAGACUCUACCUGAUAAAAUUUGUAAUAAUGAAAAAUGUAAAAGGCAUUUCCAUACAUCUUGUUUAUUACAGGUAUAUUUAUACAUAUAUAAAUAUUGGAUAAUUCAUUAUUCAAGACUAAUAUAAUUUAUAAAUAUAUAUAAAUUUUAUUUUUAGUGGCUAAAAGCAAUUGCUGGAAAUCAUGUUAUAUUUGAUCAAAUUCAUGGUUCAUGUCCCAACUGCAAAGAAAGCAUAUCAUGUCGUAUUGACUAA